AUGCGAUUUUCCAUCGUGGUCCUUGCCUUGUCGGGCAGUGCAUCGGCUCUGCCUGCUCUAAGUGGCCUAGCGGCUCAUCAGCCCACCGAACUUGUCGACCGAAGCACUGGCGCCGAACCCGCCUCAGUGGCAGAUGAUUUGAGCCGUCGUGGCUUCAAGGCGGAGGUCGUGUCCGCCGACGAUACGAACGCGAAGAAGAGGGACUUGGAGGUUGUGACGAGGCAAACGAAGACAGGAAGUGCGGCGGCAAGCAAGACCAGCACCGGGCCGCACGCGGAGGCAAUUGGUGACAAUAAGGUCAACCCGACGACGGGUUUGACGGACUCUGAGGCCGCAGAGAUCGUGACCGGACUCGAUCUCAAAGACAAGAAGGCUCCGGGGUCUCUCAACGCCAAAGGCCAGCGGAAUCCGCUGCCGGGUCUGAGCGCGGACGAGACGGAUGCUAUCGUGAAGCAGGGGCAGGCAGCUCUCAAGGAAGCUGGCGCAUGA